CAACAUAUCAAAGUCACCAUUUCAAGUUCUCCUGAAGACGAGCAGAGUAUACUGUUCGAAACGUCGAAACCACACCGGCUCUUCGCAGAGCCUUAAAGAGGUAUUUUUGUGCAGCAGGAUGUUUCGUUUAAGCGUUGCUCUUGUUGCGGUUCUACUGUUGCAGUCUGUGUUUGUUGUGGACUCGCUAAGGAAACGAAGACCAAUACCAAAACGUGUGCCGACGACACCAACAGUUAUCGAGGAGAACACAACACCGGUAGUGGAAGACCAGGAGGAUGUGUGUAAACUGCCUAAAGAAACUGGUCGCUGCAGAAUGUAUUUUCCGAGUUGGUACUACGAUAACGAAGAACAGACUUGCAAGACAUUCACAUGGGGCGGAUGUCAAGGAAACGGGAAUAGGUUUGAGACGGAAGAUGCCUGUAAUGAAAAAUGCCCCUCCAAGUAGGCUGUGAGAGAUGUUUUCAAUCCCUAUACAAACCAAUGCAGCCAAACAGAGGCUGAGGUGAAACGUAUAGUCCGGUAUAUUUUGUGUGAAUUCUUAAAGGAUUCGGGUACUUUUUUUCAAAAUGUCCAUAGAUUUACAUUAAA